CUCUGUAUUUCUUUUUCUUUUAUUUAUCUAGUCCAUUUAUUUACUCAGCGUUGUAUACAACCAGGGGGAGCAGUUAUCUCAAGACACCUCAGUCAUGGACAUAGGUUGAUGUAAUCCUGUGAUUAUACCUUCCCAAAGCUGCUUUGGGAUGAUAUUUCUAAAAGUAAAACUUAACGCCGCUACCAGUUACAGGUGAGAUGGUUCCAUGGAACCUUUGUAAGAAGAAAUACAAGGUAACAUAGAACUAAUAUAAUAAGACGGUAAGAAAAUAUGUGAAUCUCUCUAUAUAUAUACACUGUAUACAUAAUCUAAGAAAAUAACAACAGCAACAAAAAUACUGUAUCGACUAGUCAUCUUUGUUAUCUGUGCAAUACAACCACACCCAAUGUAUUUAUAGUACGUGUGGAUUUGUGCAGAAACCAUUGUAAACUGUGGAACCACUGUGGGACAAAGUUAUACAGAGUCUAUAAACAGCGUAUAUGCAAAUUAGCAUUAUAUACAGUUCUGAUGAGGCACCUAUUUUUGAGUUGAGGCUGGAGGUACUUGUUGAUGUGAAAUUGAGGAGUCUGAUAGCAAGAGGGAGCUUCUUAUCUAUGAUUUACAGCAGAAAGGCAACACAAUUAUUAAUUAAAAGGCAAUUAUAAUUAUUAUAAGAUUACAUAAUAUAGAUCAUUUAAAAAUAUGUUAAGAAUUUAAUUAGCUGUUUCCCCUGAACGUGUUAGUAGGCGUACGACUUGACACAAUUGUACAGUAGGUGGCGAUAUGCAUCAUUAUUAUAUUGUGAACCCCCCAAUAAAGACAAAGAAGAAGAAAACCGGCACCGGCAUGACCGGAAGUUAGAAAAAAAAUACGGAAGUGCUUUGUUUUUGUUUUACAGCCAGCUGUCAGAUGUAGUUUUAAUCUGUUAUCUGGACAGCCAAGCGUAAAUAAACAUCCACCGUGGGACCUGAGGCAGCUUUCUAUUUGCCUGCUCGUCAUCAUGGAGGAGCCCACAGCAUCUGGUGUCUUCUGUAACAGGAUGCUGAGCAUGGUCAACUCUGAGGAUGUCAAUGCCAUCAUCCAGGCUCAGAGACACAUGCUCGACCGUUUUGAGAAAACCAACGAGAUGCUGAUCAAUUUCAACGGACUGUCUAAUGUGCGACUGCAGCAAAUGAAUGAGCGAUUCCUGCUACACACACGCACCCUGGUGGAGAUGAAGAAAGAUCUGGACAGUAUCUUCAGAAGGAUUAGGACACUAAAAGGAAAGAUUGCUAAGCAGUACCCAGAAGCUUUCAGCAAUAUCCACGAGUCACCCAUCCUGGAGGAUGAUGACGAUGAGUUUGACCCAGUUCCCCAAAGUGUUGGAAUAACAACUACAACAGCCACCUCAGAGCAGAGCACAGAGUCGUGCGACACAAGUCCAGAUGUCAUCUCACCAACUGUGAGCAGAUGUUCAGAAGAUCUCUCUCAAGAGCCACCUGACACGCCCACCUCUGAUGUCCUCGAGAUAGGCGUUCUACGAGACGAAGGUCCAGACUCUGUACCUGCAGAAUAAAGCGGACAGUUUGUAAAUGGAGCUCUGUCACUUGAAACUGAGCUUCGGUCUUAAAAUAAUUUUAACGGGAGUCAUGUUGUAUAUUUAAGUGCGUGUAAUAUUUGCAGAUAUUAAUAUGUUGAUGUUAUCUGUGGCUCUGAACUGUCUAUUAUGACGCUGAAUUUGUUUGUUGGCAUGUUUACGUGUCCUAUGCCUGCACAGCACUAAAAUAAUGCGUAAGAUACUUGAAGUGUAAUAUUUCACUAGAUAUAUCUAGAUAUAUACUGACAGGAUAUCUGAGCAAAAGCCUUCAGUGGAAGCGUAUUCCUGCUUUUUAAAGAUGCACACCCGGAUGAGGGGAGAAGUUUCCCCUUAAUGUCUUCAUUAUUAAAAAUGACAGAAGUUAGUGUUCUCUAACUCAUUAA